AUGACCCCUGUAGCUGACGACAGAAAGAGAGCUAUUACUCCACCUCCUGAGACUGAACAGCCCCAGAAAAGACUUAAACCACAACGGAAGAGAAGAAAGACUAAAAAGUACAAGCAUAAACGAAUUGAUUCAACAAGUCCAUUUGGGGUAUUAGAGUAUGAGAUAAGGGAAUUGUGUAAAGAGCACAACCUCACCCUUGAUGAUGUUUCAAAUGACAUGAAAGGUGUUCUCAAUAAUCCCGAAGUUCAAGAUUCAUAUCAUCGACAAGUUGAAAAUGUAACGGUUUUAUGUUUCACCUCUAAUGGAGAUUCUCUUGCAUUGGUACCGCAUAUUGAAGCAUCAAAGGAAAAACAAGUUGUUGUUGUACCAUUCGGCAUACCUGGUGAUGAAGUCACCAUCAAAAUAUUUAAAACACAUCCAUUGUUUGCUGAAGCUGAUUUGCUAACCAUACAAUCGCCUUCAAAAAUGAGGGAUAACUCUUUGAUCAGGUGCCGAUACUUUGGUAAAUGCUCAGGUUGCCAAUUUCAAGAUAUUGCAUAUGAGGAACAAUUGAAACUAAAGAGAGAAACGAUUGUUAAUGCAUUUAAGCACUUUGCUCCAACAUUAACUACCUUGAAGAAAUUACCUGAUGUUCUCGAAACGCAGCACUCACCUUUGCAAUACAAUUAUAGAACCAAAUUAACUCCGCAUUUUGAUAUAGCUACAAAGAAGACCGGUGCCGAUUUGGAACAUCGGCCAAAUUUUGGAUUUGGAGCUAAAGGCAGACCGACAUGGAGAAAGAGCGACUUUGGACCAGUGGGGUCUAUAUUGGACAUAGAGGAAUGUGAUAUAGGGACCAAGAUUGUGAAUAUGGGCUUGCAAAAUGAGCGCAAACGGUUGGACAAAACUUACAAGACUUACGAUAAGGGAGCAACAAUCUUAUUACGCGAAGAUACAAAAGUGAAGGAGGGAACAUUUGAGUUUGGAGAAGCAUCAAGGGAUGAAAAUGGACAUGUUUCCAGUGUUACCAUAGAAGCGGAGGACCAAAUUGUGGUGAAAACAUGCGUUACUGAAUCACGUCAAGUUGUUCAAGAAAUCAUCAAUCAGUAUAGAUUCGAAUUUUCAGCUGGUGAAUUUUUCCAAAACAACAAUUCCAUAUUGCCGUUGGUUACCAGUUACGUGAAAUCCAAUUUGUUACAAUCUGAACCCAAUUACCUCGUUGAUGCUUAUUGUGGCUCAGGCUUGUUUUCAAUAACAUGUUCAGAGAAUGUUUCAAAAGUGAUUGGAGUCGAAGUAAGUGCCGAUUCAGUCAAGUUUGCCCGUCAUAAUGCCCAGCUCAACAAUAUCGGGAAUGCCCAAUUCAUAGUGGGCAAAGCAGAGGAGAUUUUCAAAGAUAUAAAUACACCACCAGAGCAAACUUCAGUCAUUUUGGACCCACCAAGAAAAGGAUGCGAUGACGUGUUUUUGAACCAAUUGAGUGCUUGCAACCCAGCAAAGAUUGUUUACAUUUCAUGUAAUGUUCACUCACAAGCAAGAGAUGUAGAGUGGUUUUUGAAUAAUACUGAGAAUGGAGCAAAGUACGAGGUUGAGAGUAUAAAAGGUUUUGACUUUUUCCCGCAAACGCACCACGUCGAAUCAGUUGCAGUAUUGUCAUUGAGGUAG